AUGUCAUCGCAGAGUUUUAUUGAUGUCCAAAUUAACGGACAAGAGUUUGCCAACUAUACCAUAAAUUUUUCUGAUGUUUUUAACAGAAGCACUUAUUACAAUAUUAACGGCUUGAGCUCCAGAGAUCUUCCUUCAGCUUUGGCACUUCACAUAGGAGCUAUCGUAAUGCUGAUAGCUCUACUGUGGGGCCUUUUUGGUAACAUCCUCACCUCCUUCGUGAUCCUGACCAAUAGAGACUUGAAGAGCACAACCAAUGUUUUCAUAGUCAGCCUUUGUAUAAAUGAUAUACUCAACCUCAGCAUCAACAACAUGAUCGUUUUGGUAUCAUACUUUAUGAUGAAGUGGACGAUGGGGCUGGCCAUUUGUGAAAUGGUCAUGCAUUUUACAGUACUUCUUAUGGGUUCUUCCUUGUGGCACACCGCCCUCAUUUCUAUACAUCGCCUUAUUGUCGUCUGCUUCAACAGCUUUUACAAGAAAAUUUCAAAGAAAGCCUACACAAUUUUCGUUUUGUCGUUCGCUAGAAUCGUCCCUCUGUUGUUUAUGAUCAAUCCACAUCUAGGGAAGAUGUCACAGUUUCAGCCAAAGUUGAUUCGCUGUUUAGCUAGAAAGGAGUUUGGUUUAUACACAAUGCUGGUUAGUGUUACAUUGCAAAUGCUGCCAUCCAUUAUACUUAUUGCAUGUUACAUCGCAAUCUUCGUUAAAGUAUUUCGCUCAUCCAGCGCCAUCAGAGCCACACGUAAGCGGGAAUGGCUGCGAAGAGAAAUCCAGGUUACAAAAAUGUUUGGCAUGGUCUUUCUAUUGAUAAUUCUAGGAUACCUGCCGUAUGGCAUCGUUCGUUUCAUUGACCGCAAGCUGGAGCUUAGCGCAGAUUUUUACGUGGGUAUAUCAGUUGUCUACGCCGUUGCCAACAGCUGCAAUCCUAUAAUUUAUGGUGUUAUGGACAGAAAGAUACGCCGUUACUGCUUCAGAACUUUGGGUCUAGAGGAAUCUUGCAUGAAAACUGACACACUCAUGAAAAAGAAAAUGAGCAUGAGAACUAAUGGCGAAUCAGAAAUGGCCACAGAAACGGUCGCCAUCACUACGCCAGGAAAAACUGUGGCACAAGCACCAUCGACGCCACCGCCUUGUCAAGUCUGA